GCGACACGAACGCGCGGACGCGACACGAACGCGCGCGAUGUCCGUCUUCUCCGCAUCCCGCGCGAUCGCGCCCAGCGCGACCGCGACGUUCGCGGUCGACGCGCCGCGAGCGACGCGCCGCCGCGCGCCGCCGCGGUCGACGCGUCGCGUCGUCGCGCCCCGCGCGUCCGCGGCCGAGGGCGGAGGCGACGCGACGACGACGACGACGACGCCGCCGGAACCGCCGCGCGGCUCGGGGGACAGGCAGAAGGCGAUCGUCGUCGGCGGCGGCGUCGGCGGCCUCGGCAUGGCGUCGAGGCUCGCGCACGCGGGGUACGACGUCACGAUCCUCGAGAAGAACCCCGACGUCGGCGGGCGAUGCCGCAGCGAGUCCUUCGGCCCGGCGGACGGGCCCGACGGCUUUCGAUUCGACACUGGGCCCUCGCUCAUGCUCCUCCCGGACCGGUACCGCGAGCAGUUCACCGCGGUGGGAAAGAAGCUCGAGGAUUACAUGGACAUAACGCGCGUGGACCCGGCGUACCGAGCGCACUUCGGCGACCACACGACGCUGGACCUGCUCUACGACACGGAGAAGAUGCGGAAGCAACUCGACGACGUCGAGUUCGGCGCCGGCGGGCGGUACAUCGACUGGCUCGGCCGCGCGCGCGCGUCGCUGGACUACGGCGUCGCCGCGUUCAUCGAGAGAGACGCGAACUCGAUCCUGGACUUCGUGGACCUCUCGCGCGUGGGCCCGCUCGCGCUCGCGAUGGCGAAAUAUUUCAAAGACGAGCGCCUCCGUGCGCUGUUCUCGUACCAAGAGCUGUACGUCGGCCUGAGCCCGUACAACGCCCCCGGGGUGUUCUCGCUGCUCGCCGCGACCGAGCUCACGGACGGGGUGUGGUACCCGACCGGGGGCUUCGACCAAGUGCGAGGGAGUCUGCAAAAGCUCGCGGACGAGGAGGGCGCGGAGACGAGAGUCAACGCGGGCGUCGCCGCGAUCCUCACCGAGCCGCUGGACGCGUCGACGCGCGCAAGCGAGGUGCCGGGGAGCAAGGCGACGCGACGCGUCGUCGGCGUGCGGCUCGAGAACGGGGAGACGAUCGACGCGGACGUCGUCGUCGCGAACCCCGACCUCCCGUGCGUGUGGGAGCAGCUGAUCGAUCACGAGGAGUUCCCGGAGGCGAAGAGGGAGGCGGAGCGAUGGGAGGACGCGGAGUACUCGUGCAGCGUCAUCGAGUUCAACUUUUGCCUGGACGUCGUGAUCCCGGACUUGUUGCAUCACAACGUGUUCUUGUCGGGUGAUUACAAGGGGAGCUGGGAGAGGCCGUGUUGCGUCGACGACUUCGCGGCGCCGCGGCAGCACAACUUUUACUGCCACAACCCCGUGUACACGGACAAGACGUGCGCGCCCGAGGGUAAGAGCAGCGUGAUGAUCUUGUUCCCGGUCGCGAACAUGAACGAGCAGGCGAAGAUGUGUAAGAAGCGCGGGAUUCCCGUGCCGGAGGAGGCGGACAUGGUGAACGCCGCGCGAGAGGCGAUCUUCCGCCGGUUUAAAGAAGCCGGGCACGGAGACCUCGCGGCGCACGUCGAGCACGAGAGCGUGACGACGCCGUCGGAGUGGAAGCAGAAGUUUAACAUCAAGCACGGCGCGGUGUUUGGGUUAUCGCACGGGUUGACGCAGCUCGCGGCGUUCCGACCGCCGGUGCGGACGGGCAUCGCGCCGUUGGAUUCGCCCGAGUGCGACGGGUUACACUUCGUCGGCGCGAGCACGCGGCCGGGGAACGGCGUGCCGCUGGUGUUGAUGGGCGUGAAGGUGGUGUACGACGCGAUCAUCGCGCAGCACGGCGUCGGCGCGAAGGCGAAAGCGAAGGCGAUGUGAGGCAACUUGAGAAGACGAUUUGAACGAUUUGAACGUGAUUUUUUUGAC